AUGGGUAAGGUUCACGGAUCUCUCGCCCGUGCCGGUAAGGUCAAGGCUGCCACUCCUAAGGUUGAGCCCCAGGAGAAGAAGAAGAACCCCAAGGGCCGCGCCUACAAGCGUGUCCUCUACACCCGCCGCUUCGUGAACGUUGUCAUGACCGGUGGCAAGCGCAAGGUACAUACCGACUGA